AUGCCGGAACUGGCGCGGUCAAUUCCGCGUUCCUGGACCUCGACCUUAAAACUUCCUAAAUCAACAUUCCCUCCACGCGUCUCACCCGUCGACCGGACGAAGUAUCUGAAACGAUGCACCGAUGACCUCUACGCCUGGCAGCAGCGCGAGCGGCCUGCCGACCAACCAUUUGUCCUGCACGACGGCCCACCUUACGCGAACGGAGAACUACACAUCGGACAUGCCCUGAACAAAAUUUUGAAGGACAUUAUAUGUCGUGUACAAGUGGGCAGGGGCAAGAGAGUACGAUACGUGCCUGGGUGGGACUGUCAUGGACUGCCCAUUGAGCUCAAGGCACUGCAAAACCUGCGGGAUGCAGACAUCGAGAAUGGGUCGGUCAGCGCGGCGGUGAUUCGUAAAGCGGCGCGACAGUUGGCGCGACAGACCGUCAAGGAGCAGAUGAAAGGAUUCCGCGGCUUUGCGGUCAUGGCUGAUUGGGACAACCACUGGAAGACAAUGGACAAGCAGUUUGAGAUGCGACAGUUGAGCGUCUUCCGAAAAAUGGUCGAUCGCGGUCUGAUCUACCGAAAGUUCAAACCUGUGUACUGGUCGCCAUCAACGGGCACGGCUCUGGCGGAGGCGGAAUUGGAAUACAAGGACGAUCACAUCUCGACUGCCGCAUUGAUCGCCUUCCCUCUUGUCGAUAUCCCAAAACACCUCUCCGAAAAUCCUCUUCUUCGCGGAAAGAAAUUGAAUGCUGUGAUUUGGACUACAACACCUUGGACAUUACCUGCCAACGCUGCCAUUGCGGUUCAUGAAGCUCUGGAAUAUGCUGUGGUGCAUUCGGAAAAGCACGGUCACUUGAUCAUCGCUCAAUCCCGAUUUGAGUACCUCCAGAACAUGCUGAAAGAAGAACUGUCUAUCAUUGUUCCCUCCAUCUUGGGCUCUGAGCUCGCUGAGAAAACUACCUAUCGGCCUCUGUUCAAGGGUCCCAACGGUGAGCCCCAGCCCAUUAUCGCGGCUCAUUUUGUCACCGCGGACUCUGGUUCUGGCAUGGUUCACUGCGCGCCCGGUCACGGAAUGGACGACUACGAGGCAUGUCUCUCGCGCGGCAUUCCCGUAUUUGCCCCGGUCAAUGACAAGGGUGAAUUCACGGAGAAGGCCAUGCCCCUAGACCCCACAAGACUCACCGGAAAGUCUGUCUUGGGAGAAGGUAACACCGCAGUCUUGCAAUGGGCUGAGUCGUGUGAUCAACUGCUUGCCCAGCACAAAUAUGAGCACAAGUACCCCUACGACUGGCGGUCAAAGCUUCCAAUCAUUGUUCGGGCAACUGAGCAGUGGUUCGCCGACGUGGCUGAUAUUCGUGGUCCCGCCCUUCGAGCACUGGAAGAUGUGCGAUUCGUCCCCGAGGCCGGAAAGCAGCGACUGGAAAACUUUGUCAAGAACCGCAGUGAAUGGUGUAUCUCACGACAGCGUGCGUGGGGUGUCCCGAUUCCUGCGAUCUAUCACCGGACUACAGGGGAAGCCGUUCUCACCAAGGACAGUGUCUCACACAUCAUGGCCACUAUUGAAGAGCGGGGAAUCGAUGCCUGGUGGACCGACAGCGCGGACGAUUCCGCGUGGAUUCUUCCAUCCUUGCGCGAAGAGUCCGGGGCCGGGUAUCGACGUGGAACGGAUACGAUGGAUGUUUGGUUUGACAGUGGUACAAGUUGGGCCGAGAUUGAUGUCCCCAUCGAAGGACGCAGUCACCCAGCCGAUGUGUAUCUUGAGGGUACCGAUCAGCACCGUGGCUGGUUCCAAUCUGGACUUCUCACGUAUAUCUCCCAUCAGCUCACUUCGGGCCAAUCCUCCACACCUCAUGCCCCAUUCAAGAAUUUGAUUACCCACGGGUUCACAUUGGACGAACAUGGCCGGAAGAUGAGCAAGUCCAUUGGCAACACCAUUCAACCGCAGGCUAUCAUGGACGGAAUUUUACUGCCUCCUCUCAAGCCACGCAAGGUCAAGGGCAAGAAGGCACCUGAGAACCCGGAGCCUGUGUACGAUGCGCUUGGUCCCGAUGCGCUCCGCAUGUGGGCGGCGAGCAGUGAUUACACGCGCGACGUGGUGAUCGGUAAACAGGUACUGCAGACUGUCAACACUAGUCUUCAUAAGUUCCGUGUCACCUUCAAGUUGCUGCUGGGCGCCCUCGCCGAUUUCCACCCCGAUCAUAUCGUCCCGUAUGGGCAGCUGCAGCUGGUAGAUCGAAUUGCGUUGAAGCAUCUCUCCGACAUGGUCCUAGCCUCGCAAAAGGCAGGUGACAACUUCGAGUUCUACAAGGCCGUCAACACGAUGAACCGGUGGGCCAACCUUGAGUUCUCCGCUUUCUACAUGGAAGCCAUCAAGGACCGCCUGUACACAUUAGGUGAAAACAGCACUAGCCGCCGGGCCGCGCAGACUACCUUGUUCUACAUUUUCGGACACCUCCAAGAGGUCCUGGGUCCCAUCACCCCGGUACUUGUAGAGGAGACUUGGGAACAUACCCCAGAAACCAUCCGCUCUCUGACCGAGCACCCCUUGCAGCGCCUCGUCUCCGCCCCCGCGCCGGAAUGGCAGGACGCUUCUCUCGACAGCAAUUACCAGGAAUUGACCAUUGUUCACUCCGCUAUCAAAAACCUGCAGGAGCAAGCGCGCAGCAAGAAACAACUCGGCUCAUCUCUGCAAUCGUUUGUUCACCUGGUUCUCCCCACGGAUAACUUCCAACAGUAUCUGUCGGAACUCCCUGACCUUUUUGUUGUCUCCUCCAUCACUCUCGCCUCCCCGAAUGACCCUCUUCCUGCAGCUAUUGCUGAAGCUGAGUGGCAAUACUCGGAGACCUUCGAGCUCGGUGGCCAGGCCCAGGUGCACGUGUAUGCACCCCAGGCUUCCAAGUGCCCCCGAUGCUGGCGGUACGCUCUCCCGGUGGCGACGGAGGAGGCUAUCUGCGAGCGCUGUGAUACAGUGGUGCAUGAACAUGAACAUGAACAUGCACUACAGUAA